GCUAGGUUAGGUUUAAGUGGUAACACUGGGGUCUGCCGCUGGGCGCUGUCGCCUACAGCCUGUCAUUUGUAAAUGUCAAUUACAUUUGAUUGCUGUCAAUUGUCAAGCGUCUUUUAUUUUCCAUCACAUUGUUGAGUUCUAUAAAAAUAAAUAGGAAGAUAAAUUAACGUUAUAGAAUUUAUGCAAUUUGCUAGUUUGAUAGUAAAUCACAUCAAGAUGUUUCGCCCCCGGAUUACAUGUUCAACUAUCAAUGUGCUAAGGACACUGCAAAGUGUAGGGUGCUAUAGCAACACAGCGGGGACAGUGGACACCACCUACAUGGAAAUUCCUCUUUAUGAUGUAGACAAACCUCAAACCCUUGAGAAACGUAAGGCAAGACUUCAUUACCAAUCGCGCAAAAGGGGAAUGUUAGAAAAUGAUCUGUUGCUGAGCACUUUUGCCAAGAAAUAUUUAGAUGAUUUCUCUGAGGAGCAGACUAUGAUGUAUGACCGCCUCAUUAACUCACCAAGUAACGACUGGGACAUCUUCUACUGGAUCGUUGAGAAAAAACCAACUCCCAAAGAGUUUGAUAAUGAAAUUAUGAACCUCUUAAAGAGACAUGCCAAGAAUGAAGAAAGAACAGCUCUACGUCAACCUGACCUACACUAAAGUUCAAUAACGAUCGCGCCUGUAGUGUCUUAGUUUAGAUAGCAGUAUUUGCAAUGCAUGUUUCGAAGUAUUAGAUAUAUUAUAAUAAAUUAAUUGUUUAGUCACUUUAUCAACAAAUAUUGUAUAUCUGUGAAGUUGUUAGAUGUACAUACAUUAAUGUAUUCGGGAUAGUUUUGAUAUCAACAUUUUAUUUAAGUUACUUCUUAACUCGUUAUUUCUGUUUAGAUUAUCACUUAACGAUUUAUAGUAUUGGACUUUUUGUAGAUGUAGGAAAAUAAAAAUAUUGGUAAAUUGUUAGUGGUGGCCAAAUAAAACAGUUAUGUAAAGUAAAA